CUGUUGCAGCGGCUGCUUUGGAAGCGGGAGGAAAGAACCAGGGAAACGGGGUUUGGAAGGCUUCUGUGACUAGGAGAAGGUGCUGAGGGCGCGGCACGAGAAAAAGAAUAGAACCCGCUCUUGACAACCUUGCAGGAUCGGCGCAUCUCAUUCCCCUCAUCUAUAACAAGAAGUCAUGUGAUCUCUGCCCACCUGCGCGCGCGCCCAGCCAGCCCGCUCCCGGCGCCACUUUAAUGCGCAAGCGCCGCGGGCCACCUAUGCUAUGUGGCUCCGGCGGAGCGUCUCUGUCGCCAUGGCAACGGCAGCACAACGGGCCCCGCGCCGAAGGCCGGGCCUAGCAGAGACCACACCGGAGCCGUCAUGAUCCCACCUGCAGACUCGCUGCUCCGUUACGAGACGCCGGUGCUGGUGAGCCGCAACACCGAGAAGCGGUCGCCAAAGGCCCGGCCGCUGAAGGCCAGCCCACAGCUGCUGUUGCCCGCCGGGCCCGUCCCUCCUACCAAGGCCAAGGCGCCGUCGCCCACCGUAGAUCCCAGCAAGCAAGCGGAGGAAAUCCUCAAUGCCAUCCUGCCGCCCAGAGAAUGGGUGGAAGAGAACCAGCUAUGGAUCCAGCAGGUGUCGAGCACCCCCAGUACACGCAUGGAUGUGGUGCAUCUGCAGGAGCAGCUGGACCUCAAGCUCCAGCAGCGCCAGGCCCGGGAGACGGGCAUCUGCCCUGUGCGGCGGGAGCUCUAUUCUCAGUGCUUCGAUGAGCUGAUACGGCAGGUGACCAUCAAUUGUGCCGAGCGGGGGCUCCUGCUGCUACGUGUGCGGGAUGAGAUCCGGAUGACGAUAGCAGCCUACCAGACUCUGUACGAGAGCAGCGUUGCAUUCGGAAUGCGGAAGGCGCUACAAGCUGAGCAGGGCAAAUCCGAUAUGGAAAGAAGAAUUGCAGAGUUGGAGGAUGAGAAGAAAGAUUUGGAGAGGCAAGUAAAUGAGCAGAAGGCCAAGUGUGAAGCCAUCGAAAAACGGGAGCUUGAAAGGCGGCAGGUGGAGGAGAAGAAGCACACCGAGGAAGUCCAGUUCCUUAAGCGGACCAAUCAACAGCUGAAGGCCCAGCUUGAAGGCAUCAUUGCUCCAAAGAAGUAAAACUUCCCAUCAUCUCUCAAGCAAGAAUUCAUCUGCUUUGGGCCUUGUCUCUCAGAUCACAAUGACUGGAGAUGUUUCAUACAUUUCAGGGGGUUGGGGGGGGGGAUAGAGUGCUGGGCAGGUCUCAGCCCUGACACCUAGGCAAAGGCCUGUCUGGAUUCGUAAGAGAAUAAAUUGGAAUUCUGAAGCUCUUUUGGGAAGACAGAGGCUCUCCUUAACAUUCCCUGCCUACUUGUGCUGGUUCCACCUAUUUCCCUCUCUGCUUUGUGAGCUUUUCAGCAAGGCACUUAAGUGGAUGGCUGCAGGAUGAGUUAGACAUAUACACUGGGGGAAAGUACCAAUUUCACAGACAAUUCUAGCUCUUCUGCUAGGGCUGCCUACAGGCGUGUCAUUUAAAACUGUGUUCAAAGUCCCCAUAUGGUAAAACCAUGGAAGCAACUGCCUAUGGAUUAACCAGAUAAUACAGUUAGCUAAUCUGAACCAGAAACCACACUGGGUUGGGGAAAGAAUUUGACACACACACACACACCCCACAGUAUGUGUAAUUCUCACCAACCCAUUUAUGGGGUUUCCCCAUUGGGGUAAUUUUAAAAAAAAAAUCUUGUGGCAAAGUUUUUUGUUUGUCUGUGGGUGGCCUUGUUCUGUUGGUUCCUGGAGCACCAGGCUUGGGAGAGUACUUUGAGAUCAGAACAUUCACCCUGAGCCAGGAAGUUGACAAUUUAGACAUGUAAAUGGCAAAGGGCACAACUCUCCACCAGUGGCGAGGCUUGGAAAGAGUUAUGAUUCCUUCAGCCGAGCAGGCCAGAGGGAAA